CCGGCGCUGCCCACCCCGCGCAUCCCGGGCGGGGCGCGGCCGCAGAUAGCCCGCCUCCCUUCCACCGUCUCGGCGCCCGCCCGCAGCGGCCAUGGGGGCGCGGCUGGGGCGACGGGCAAGGGCAGCGGCCGGCUCUGAUGCCCCUACCGCAGAGGGCUCCGGGCCCGCGCCCUACGAGCGCCGGGUGCGCUGGCUGCGAGAGAUCCAGUCCACGCUCCGUGAGCGGCGACCAGAGCGCGCUCGGCAGCUGCUGCGCCUCCUGCGCCAGGACCUGGGCCUUGAAGGGAACCUCCUCACUGACAUCCUCUACAGGAACGUGGCUUUGCUUAACCUGGUGGACCCCAUCUCCCAUGACUUGCUGGUGAACCUGGCCCGGGACCUGCAGUGCCCCAAGAAGGACCAUGAGCCCUGGAAAUCCUCCGAUAAGAUCUGUCGGCAGCUCAUCUACCACCUCACUCCUCACUCCAAGCGAAAGCCCCACCGGAAAACCCAAAACAGCCUCAAGAGCGGCCUCCAGAAGACUCUGCUGGCAGGGGAGACAGUGGACCUUUCUGGUAUCCCGCUGUCCGCCCGGGAUGUACAGCACAUAACCCGCUACCUGAGCAGCCACGGUGUUGAGCUGGUGGUCUUAGACCUGAGCUUCACGGAGCUGAGCGAUGAGCUGCUGCACCUGUUGCUGCCCAGCCUCUGGGCUCUGCCCCGCCUCACCCAGCUUCUGCUCAAUGGCAACCGACUGACUCGGGCUGCUGCGCGUGAACUCACCGAGGCUAUCAAGGACACCGCCAAGUUCCCCGUGUUGGCCUGGGUCGAUCUGGGUAACAAUGUGGAUGUGUCUUCACUUCCCCAGCCCCUGCUGGUUGGCCUGCGGCGGCGACUCAGUCAGCACACCUCACUCCCUACCAUCUAUGAGGGUCUGGACUUCGAGCCUGGGGGCAGCACGGCUGGGACCGCGGCGGCUGUCUCCACCUGGGGCUCUGCAGCGAAUGAGCCAGGACUAGAGCCGCAGGGUUGUUGUGCUAGGUGACUAACUGGUCUGCUUCAUUGGUACUGACUGAGGUCUUUUAAGAAUGAGGUCCUGGGGGCUCACGACGUCCCACAGAGAGACAGUGCAAAUACUCAACUUGGGGGGAAGUGGGUGGAAGAAGGGUUUCAUGGGAGACAAACCAGCCAGCCCAGGCUAGGGCUCCACCGCACCCAGCAAAGAGGGGACCCAGCACCCACAGCCCAGACCUUCCAAGAAAGGAUGCUAUCGAUCCCUUACCUCAGGCUUCUUCCGCUGCAGACUUCAGACUGCUGAGCUCCAGGCUUACUGCAGAGGUAGGAAAACCCCACCCGCCAGGAGUGGGUGGAUCACAGCCGUGCUGAUGUCCCCUUAGCGCUCACUGGCAGGGCGCCAUGGAAACCAAGGUGUAGCGGUCAUGGAUUCAAUGGUGUGGACUCAGGAGUGCGAGGAGGCAUGAUGUCUGCGCAGCAUUUGAGCUCUCUACGUUUGGGGGCUUCAGGAGAGCAGGCUGGGAGUCACAGACAGGCAGAGCUCUGCACGGAGCCCCACAGCAAGUACAAUCAGGAUCCCUCAGUGUGCGCUGGGCUACGGACAAGGCUUCACACAGCAAAGGCAAGGCCACAGGGGUUCUGAGGGGGUGACUCUGGGUUUGUCUCCCACAGGGCACAGCACUGCCCACCCUCCCCAGCUCUAGUCUCUAGGCUUCCUGUACAGGGUGAGGAGAUCUGGCUGACGGGAGAUGAGCUGUAGUGGUUCCUCUAGUUCUGGGGUCACACAGCAUGUAAGGGGUGGAGGUGGGUCCAGCUAGCAUAAGGAGUUCUCAGGGGCAGAACAGACCUAAGGGUCUCUCUAUAGAGAGUUGCUAUAUUCCUUUCUCAAAUCCCUCAAGGGGGAUUCUCAACUAGAAACAUGAUGUCUGACUGCUCUCACUGCCCUGUUUAAGAGACUAGAGGUUUUAGCUCAAGCAGUAGAGAGGCAGAGCAUGUGGGGAAGGGACUCAGAGAAGCCCUGGGUGGGGAAACCAGUGGA